AUGCAUUUAUAUGCUAUCUUUCAAGCAUUGUUCUGGUUGCUGACAGUUGAGAAAUCGAAAGGAAUCUCAAGUCCUAUUCCACCAUUUACUACAUACAAGCAUUCGACUGAACUUCAAGCGAAUGUUGCCGAUCUUUGGUGGACAAUCGACGAUGCCGAACGAGAAAUUCUCUUUGAAAUGCAUGUCAAGACAACAGGCUGGAUCGCUUUGGGUAUCAGUCCAGCUGGUGGAAUGACGGGCUCCGACAUUGGCGUUGGAUGGGUCGACAGAGCAGGAACUCUUCAUUUCCAAGAUCGAUAUGCACGUAAUUUCUCGAAACCAAGCAUAGAUAGUACAUCAACUGAUUGGAUUGGUCUCCGAGGUCGUGAAGAAAAUGGAUGGACAGCUAUUCAAUUCAAACGUUUGCUCGAAACAUGUGAUGAUAUGGAUGUGUCAAUCAAGUAUCUACUUCCAUCAACCGACACAACUUACUAUUGCAAAGUAUUUAAAAUUCCACCUCGUUUUUCAACAAAACGACAUGCAAUUGGUUACAAAAUACUUGUCGAUCCAAGCAGUCAAGAUAUAGUGCAUCAUAUGACUACGUAUGAAUGUGAUGCAGCAUCUAAGUUUGACGAUUCCAAAUUGCCUGAAGGUGUGUGUGAUGAUCAUAUCAAUCAGUUCAGUUCGUGUUUGUCAAAUAUGGCCAAUGGAUGGGCAAUCGGCGGUGAUCAUCUAGUAGAAUAUCCGCAAGAUGUUGGCUAUCCUAUUGGCGGCGAUUUUCCAGUUAAAUACUAUAUGAUUCAAAUACAUUUUGACAAUGCUCAUGUAGAAACGGGCCGUCAUGACAGCUCUGGUAUUCGGUUUUAUAUUGGCGAAGAACUUCAUCAAUACGAUGUUGGCUAUCUAACAUUGGGUACAGAGUCAAAUCCGGGCGCUAUUGUUAUUCCACCACAAGCAAGUGAAUUUGUAGUCGACGCCUUUUGUACACCUAAAGCUACUGAAGUACAACAAAUAAUUUUAAUCAAUUUUGACAUCUUUAUUCUUUUUUGUUUGCUUUAG